AUGUGGUCAGAUGAGGGCCAAGAUGCCUGCUUAGAGCUGGGAACUCAGGAAGAUGAGGAACUCUCGGGGGCCAAGGACCAUAAGAUUGAGCCUCCACUGGAGCUGGCCCAGAACUAUGGCCUUGUCUCCCCAGGUCUUGGGACCUGGGGUCCUGCUGGAGUUCUGCGUUGGAGGGUCGCACCUCAGUUGUGGGGCCCAGAAGUGCCUGAGGUCACCGAGCCCAGCCGCCUGGUGGGGGAGAGCUCCGGGGGAGAAGUCCGGAAGCAGCAGUUGGACACCAGGGUCCGCCAGGAGCCACCCGGUGGCCCCCCUGUCCACCUGGCCCAGGUGAGUUUCGUCAUCCCAGCCUUCAACUCCAACUUCACUCUGGACCUGGAGCUGAACCAUCACCUUCUCUCCUCCAAAUACGUGGAGCGCCAUUUCAGCCGCGAGGGGACAACCCAGCGGAGCACGGGGGCGGGAGACCACUGCUAUUACCAGGGGCGGCUCCGAGGGAACCCCCACUCCUUUGCUGCUCUCUCCACCUGCCAAGGGCUGCAUGGGGUCUUCUCGGACGGGAACUUCACCUACAUCGUGGAGCCCAGAGAGAUGGCCGGGCCUCGGGAAGCCCCCCGGGGACCACAUCCCCACCUCAUUUACCGGACCCCUCUCCUCCCAGCCCCCAUUGGAUGCAGGGAACCAGACUGCCUGUUCGCCGCCCCUGCCCGUUCUGCUCCUCCUGACCGGCCGAGGCUGAGAAGGAAAAGGCAGGUCCGCCGGGGCCACCCUACAGUGCACAGUGAGACCAAGUAUGUGGAGCUGAUCGUGAUCAACGACCACCAGCUGUUUGAGCAGAUGCGACAGUCCGUGGUCCUCACCAGCAACUUUGCCAAGUCCGUGGUGAACCUGGCUGAUGUGAUGUACAAGGAACAGCUCAAUACCCGGAUAGUGCUGGUUGCCAUGGAAACGUGGGCAGACGGGGACAAGAUCCAGGUGCAGGAUGACCUCCUGGAGACCCUGGCUCGUCUCAUGGUCUAUCGGCGGGAGGGCCUGCCUGAGCCCAGCGAUGCCACCCACCUCUUCUCGGGCAGGACUUUCCAGAGCACCAGUAGUGGGGCUGCCUACGUGGGAGGCAUCUGCUCUCUGUCCAGGGGUGGGGGUGUGAAUGAGUACGACAAUAUGGGGGCCAUGGCAGUGACCCUGGCCCAGACGCUGGGGCAAAACCUGGGCAUGAUGUGGAAUAAACACCGGAGCUCAGCAGGGGACUGCAAGUGUCCGGACAACUGGCUGGGCUGCAUCAUGGAGGACACUGGGUUCUACCUGCCCCGCAAGUUCUCGCGCUGCAGCAUCGAUGAGUACAACCAGUUUCUGCAGGAGGGCGGCGGGAGCUGCCUCUUCAACAAGCCCCUCAAGCUGCUGGACCCCCCUGAGUGCGGAAACGGCUUCGUGGAGGCAGGGGAGGAGUGCGAUUGCGGUUCUGUGCAGGAGUGCAGCCGAGCGGGCGGGAACUGUUGCAAGAAGUGCACCCUGACUCACGACGCCAUGUGCAGCGACGGGCUCUGCUGUCGCCGCUGCAAGUACGAGCCGCGGGGUGUGUCCUGCCGAGAGGCCGUGAAUGAGUGCGACAUCGCGGAGACCUGCACUGGCGACUCUAGUCAGUGUCCCCCCAACCUACACAAACUGGACGGUUACUACUGUGAUCAUGAACAGGGCCGCUGCUACGGAGGUCGAUGCAAAACCCGGGACCGGCAGUGCCAAGCCCUGUGGGGCCACGUGGCUGCCGAUCGCUUCUGCUAUGAGAAGCUGAACGUGGAGGGGACCGAGCGUGGCAACUGUGGGCGCAAGGGAUCCGGCUGGGUCCAGUGCAAUAAGCAGGACGUGCUCUGUGGCUUCCUCCUCUGCGUCAAUAUCUCCGGAGCGCCUCGGCUGGGGGACCUGGGAGGAGACAUCAGCAGUGUCACCUUCUACCACCAGGGCAAGGAGCUAGACUGCAGGGGUGGCCAUGUGCAGCUGGCCGAUGGCUCAGACCUGAGCUACGUGGAGGACGGCACAGCCUGUGGGCCCAACAUGCUGUGCCUGGAUCACCGCUGCCUGCCAGCCUCUGCUUUCAACUUCAGCACCUGCCCGGGCAGUGGGGAGCGCCGCAUCUGCUCCCACCACGGGGUCUGCAGCAACGAAGGGAAGUGCAUCUGCCAGCCAGAUUGGACGGGCAAAGACUGCAGUAUUCACAACCCCCUGCCGACGUCUCCGCCCACGGGGGAGACGGAGAAAUAUAAGGGUCCCAGCGGCACCAACAUCAUCAUUGGCUCCAUUGCCGGGGCUGUCCUGGUUGCAGCCAUCGUCCUGGGCGGCACAGGCUGGGGAUUUAAAAACAUCCGACGAGGAAGGUCCGGAGGUGCCUAAGUGCCACCCCUCCCUCCGAGCCUGGCGCCCACAUCUCAGCCAUGAACUAGGAGGCUGCCUCCUCCCAGCCAUGGAGGGAGGCACCAUGCAAUGUCUUCCGGGCCCAAGCCUUCCAACUCCUGGCCCCAUGGGGGUGUGGGUGGGGGGCCGUGGCCCUGCCCUUCACACCAUCAGGGUGGACCAUGCCAGGGCCACUGCCCUCGUGGUCCCCCACCCCACCUCAUGUGGCUUUGGCCUUGCACACCAACUCUCCCUGUGUGAAUGUAGCUUCCAUCAUCAGAUUGCCACAGCUCAGGCGGUGAGGGAGGGCUAGAGCGAUGCCCCAGGGGGCAUGGCCUGGGAUGGCCCCUCCUCAGAGCCAGGCAGCUGGGACAGGGUUUUAGCUUUCUGGGACUUGGGGAGAGGGGGCUGACAUCUACUUUAAAAAAACAAAACAAAACUGAAUCUUAACUGAUGAAUGUAACUCUGGGGGUGCUGGGGCCAGGCAGUUCUGGGGAUGUUUUGAAAUCUGUGGGAGGAACUGAGGCAUGGCCAUCCCCUGGGAU